GUCAGUUGGAAUCUCGAAUAGUACCAUAGAUAUUUUAGAGAGGCAUUUCCAUUUUGCCUUUGGACGACUUUUCCGGAAGAAAAGAAGCAUCUGUUGCGUCGCUGACGGACGAAUUCAAAAUGGCAGAUGCCGGCGAAGAAAACGCAGACCGUGCUCAAUUGCCACCGCGCCAAGCGGCGUUGCGUCAACAUACGCUCCGAAUGAAUGCAAAUGCCAACAGUGUCAGAAAUUCCAGCAGUGUCAAUAGGAAUGAGAAUAUUGACAACAGCAGGACCGCCAGCAMCAACAAUACAGAAGUGUCCGUCGCACUCGCCAAUCUAAGCGUAGGUAGGAACCUCCGCUCCAGUAGUUUUYCCCGACAGAAUCAACCCGAAGUCAGGGUCUACAACGAAAACUCAACUGCACAUUCUGACGAAGACAGUCAUUAUAGUACUGAGGACAGUGAAAAUCUUAGUGGGUGGUCAGUGGCGGAAGUGGUAGACGGAACACCACCCGCGCCGAGAAGCUUACAUGCUGCAGCUGUUUUGAACGAUGUCUUCUACUGUUUUGGAGGGUACAAUGGUGUCGCUCGUGUCAACACUUUUCAUGCAUUUUCUUUCGCAGAGAARAGGUGGAGCCCCGUUCUUCCCUCUGCAAAUUCGGCAGGGCCACCGAGCCCGCGGGAUAGGCACGUAGCCGUUGCCUUUGGAAAUAGUUUUUAUGUUCACGGCGGCUUUGAUGGAACGAGCAGGGUGGGCGACUUUUGGCUUUUCGAUUUCAGCUCGAUGUGCUGGAGGGAGGUACUUAUUCUAGGAGGGAGGGCGCCGUCCCCGCGACAUUCUCAUUCGGCAGUAGUGCACGGCCAUUCUCUAUAUAUCUUUGGUGGUUAUGAUGGAAGCUACAGUAAGUCAUUUGUGGAACAUUCUUUUGUUUGCCUUCAUAUUAUGGCACUGCAUUAACGGGACCACGACUGCCUUCUAAUGCAUUCAUGUUUUCUUUAGAAUCUGAUUUGCACGAAUUUGAUUUUGUUUCCGGUCAAUGGAACCUCGUUCCUACAACCGGGAGGCGKCCACGUGCUAGAUAUAGAGCUACAACAGUAGUCCACAGGAAUCACAUAAUUUUGAUGGGAGGUCAUGAUGGCACCAGGCAUUUGUCGGAUACUCAUAUCUUUGAUAUUGAAAAUCGUGUUUGGUCGCCCUUGGUCACMGAAGGGAGUGUAGUCCCACGUGAUUCUCACAUUGCAAUCUCUCACUCAAACUGCAUGUAUAUCUUUGGAGGAUCUAGUGGCAAUGCAUUGAACGAUCUUUAUGAACUUCACCUUCCUACAAAURUGUCCCAUCCUGCYAGGUGGUGAGUGUAGUGGAAAAAUUUGUCUAUUGUUUUGAAUGUCUAAGAGGCUUAUCAAUGAUAAUAUCAAUCUGUCGUAUUCUGAUGACUUUCYAUUUACUGCAGGCGUCAGAUCAAAAGUACCGGACCAGACGAACCGCUUUCUAGAUUUUGCCACGUAGGAGUAGUGUACAACGAAGGUAAGGUCUUUUGUGGAGUUGUUUGCUGYACUCUCUAAUUGGUGUGUGACACAUCUAAAUUCAUGAUUCUUCCUGUUCCUUUAUGCUCAAAAUUUAAAUUUGGAGCAGCAUUAUUCAUCUUCGGGGGGUAUAACGGCACGGAACGGCUUAAUGACUUUGUUCGGUUCGAUUUCACCGUGCAUGAUCUUAGUUUUGAGGUACCGGAAUCCACACUGGUAUCGGAAUUCCGUGCGCUUGUUGAUAACGACACGUUUUCAGAUGUAACUUUUAUUGUGGAAGGGACACCAGUGUUUGCGCAUAAAUUAUUUUUGAUGCG